AUGGGAGGGAAAAACAAAAUUGAAAUCUUACUUCAGCUACAACGUGCUCUAUGGCGACGCCGGAUUUCUUCUUCCACAUCCUCGAUCUCUCUUCGCCGUGUUUUUCCUCCGGAGAAUCCGAAUCAUAAGAACAACAACAUCAGCGGCGUCUACGGAUUUCGCUUUCUGGGUGUUAAUAAAGCUGCUCACUUUCUUCAUUCCCUCGCAGCCCCCGACAGAAUUUUCACCGGAUCCAAUGACGACCAAGACAAGCAAUCCGCCGCCGACGUUCAUAACAUCUUAAAGAACCACCGUGGAAGUUUGCCAGAAGAAAUUGACCGGAUUCUGGACAAGUGCGGGAUAGUUUUGACGGAAGCGGUGGUUUUGGAAGUGGUUAAUCGGAAUCGAUCUGACUGGAAACCAGCUCACAUACUCUCCCGAUUGAUCCGUAAUCAAUCUGUCAAUCUCUCUAGCUCCUCCGUGUACAACGAAAUCCUCGAUGUUCUCGGGAAAAUGCGGCGCUUUGAAGAGUUCCACCAAGUGUUCGACGAAAUGUCUAAGAGAGGAGACGGACUUCUUCUCGUUGAUGAGAAGACUUAUGAAGUUUUGCUAAAUCGAUACGCUGCUGCACACAAAGUAGAUGAAGCCGUGGAAGUGUACGAGAGGAGGAGAGAGUUUGGUAUAGAGGAUGAUUUGGUCGCGUUUCAUAAGCUCUUGUUGUGGCUGUGUAGGUAUAAGCACGUUGAGUUUGCGGAGACCUUGCACUGCUCUCGUAGAAGAGAGUUUGGGUGCGAGAUAAAAGCCAUGAACAUCAUUCUCAACGGGUGGUGUGUUUUGGGAAAUGUUCAUGAAGCCAAACGGGUUUGGAGAGAUAUCGUUGCUUCUAAGUGCAGGCCAGAUGUUGUUAGCUACGGGACGAUGAUCAAUGCGUUGACAAAGAAGGGGAAAUUGGGGAAAGCCAUGGAGCUGUACAGAGCAAUGUGGGAAACUGGGAGAGACCCGGAUGUCAAAAUCUGCAAUAAUGUUAUUGACGCGUUGUGUUUCAAGAAGAGAAUCCCAGAGGCUAUUGAAGUGUUCAAGGAGAUGAGUGAGAGAGGUUGUUCUCCGAAUGUUGCGACGUAUAAUUCGCUUUUGAAGCAUCUCUGCAAGAUAAGAAGAACAGAGAAAGUCUGGGAGCUAGUGGAAGAGAUGGAAGAGAAAGGUGGUAAAUGUUCGCCUAACGACGUGACAUUCGGUUACUUGCUUAAGUACUCGCAGAAGGCUAAGGAUGCUGAGGCGGUUUUGGCGAGGAUGGUGAGGAACAGGUGUGAAAUGACAAGUGACUUGUAUAAUUUGGUGUUCAGGUUGUAUGUGCAGUGGGACGAUGAAGAGAGAGCGAGAGAGGUAUGGAGUGAGAUGGAGAGAAGUGGAUUAGGACCAGAUCAAAGAACAUAUACUGUUAGGGUUCAUGGUCUUCACACAAAGGGUAAAGUUGCAGAAGCGUUGAGAUGUUAUCAAGAAAUGAUGUCAAGAGGAAUGGUGCCAGAGCCAAGAACUGAUAUGUUACUAAACCAGAGCAAGGCCAAGCCAAAAGAAGAAGAAAGCAACAGUACAAGAGAAGAAGCUGAAAUCGACUGA